AUGAAUGAAGUGGAAUGGUUAAGACCUCUUGUGAGAUCAAAAUUUUGGGAUUAUGGUGUUGUUUGGAAACUAAGAAAUGAUGAGACAAGUGCUUUGGAGUGGUUGGGUUGUUGUUGUGGUGGAGCUGAAGAUGACAUCCAAGAUGGUGGAGAAGAAGGCCAUUUAUAUAAACCCUGUAGAGAUUUGGUGUUUCAGCACUUAAGAAAAUCUAAUGCUUGUGAAGCCAUUGCCAAGUUGCCUACUACCAUUACUUUAGCUUCUGGGAUCCAUGGAAAAGUUCUAAUCUCUGGCAAAGCAAGGUGGCUCAGGCUCGAAUCAAGCUCAUCUCAAAAUGUGGGUAUCCAAGUGUUAUUUCAAUUAGUCCCUUUUCUAAGUUCUAGUCUUAUUUGCUGUGAAAAAGCUGGAACAAAGCUUCUCAUUCCAUACUUGGGUUGUCUCAUAGAGCUUUAUGUUGCAAACAAUGUACCCAGGGAUGACAACAUCAUAGACUUUGUCAUUUCUCUAUAUAACACUACAUUGGAGCAACAAACUAUGAACCAAUUCCAAGAUUUUCUUCCAAGUUUUCCUCCCUUAAUGGAAGAACUAAAAGGCAUUCCUGUUCAUCAAUAUCUUCCUGUUACCACUCAACACAACUUUGAUCGCUCUUACGAAGGAUCGUCAACAGGUUCAAUACCUUCAGAUGACCCUGCAUCUCUUGAUUCCGGUUUUAAUUAUAGUUCACAAAGUCUUUGUGCUUCAACACAGUCAGGUGGUGGUGGGAUUAUAGGCAGUUAUUUGUUUGGCCAAAAUAUGAAUUUGAUGCCGAGUUGUAGUAGUGGGUUGAUGGAAGAAAACGAAGAACAUUUGAAGGUUGCUGCCGGACCCGAAAAACACAAAUCAAAGAACUUGAUAGCAGAAAGGAAUAGGAGGACAAAGCUUAAAGAAAGGAUCCAUUGUUUGCGUUCUGUGGUUCCAAAGAUUACCAAGGUAGCUUAG